AUGAACUACCUAGGAGAAGUUUCUGCUACUGGAAAGCAACGAGGUAAACCUGAACCAGAAUCUGCAGAAGAAGCGACGCCCGGCGUCGCGACGCCAGCGCCGGCGGCGUCAACCGGCCCCGCCCCUCCUCGCCUCGCCGGCCACGGCCUCCGGUCGCGGCCCACGCGGACGCGGGUCGAUAAGUCCGGCGGCGGCGACGCGGGGGCGGCUGUGGGCUGUGGCCCUCAGGCCCGAGCGCUAAGGCUGUCGCCCUCCGAGAGGCGAGCCCCCGGAGGCGCAGUACGCCUCGAGGGCGUCUUAAGGCCGCCCCCGCUGCCACCCCCACCGCCUCCCGGCGCGCCUUGUCCCGCGCCACUUGGAGCCUUCCCGGGCGGCGCCUGCCCUGACGAGCCCCCACACGGCACUUCCUUCCUUCCUUCCUUCCGUCUUACCGGGGAUCGGGCGGACGGCGGCGACGGCGGCCACGCACUCGUGUCGCCCUGGCCGGGGUGGGGAGAGGCGGGCACGACUGGGUCUGCCGGCGGCUAA